AUCAUCAGACUUCCAUCUGCUAUGAUCCAUGGCUAGUGAUAUUAUUUCGCCGAGAGCCUUUUUAACUGCCCAUGGAUGGGCAUCGGAUUUCAUUCACGUUCGCUGGAGUAGUUCUAGCUUUCUGCACGCAUUCCCACACCACACACUCGCCACUGUCUUAAAAAGCGCUCACUGCUCUGUCCUCAGUCCUGACGCCCAAGAGCAAGUGAAGAGACAGAGAGAGAGAGAUGGGCGUGGCGACGGUGACCGAGCUGAAACAGAGCAUCUCCGGGAAGAGGACGUUCCGGCCGAGCCUCGUCAGCCGCCACGCCAAUGAGUGGCCUCCGACCGACGUCUCCAGCGACCUCACCGUCGAAGUGGGCGCGUCCAGCUUCGCUCUCCACAAGCUGUUCGCGCAGUUCCCGCUGGUCUCCCGGAGCGGCAAGAUCCGGCGGCUCGUCGCGGAGGCCAAGGACACCAAGCUGGUGCGGCUCAGCCUGCACGGCACCCCCGGGGGCGCGCCAGCGUUCGAGCUCGCCGCCAAGUUCUGCUACGGCGUCCACAUCGACGUCACGGUCGCCAACGUCGCCAUGCUGCGCUGCGCGGCGCACUACCUGCAGAUGACGGAGGACUUUUCCGACAAGAACCUCGAGCUCCGCGCCGAGGCCUUCCUCCGCGAUGCCGUGCUCCCCAGCAUCGUCAGCUCCGUCGCCGUCCUCCGCAGCUGCGAGGCGCUGCUCCCCGCCGCCGAGGACGUCAACCUCGUCGCCCGCCUCAUCGCCGCCAUCGCCAACAACGUGUGCAAGGAGCAGCUCACGUCGGGGCUGUCCAAGCUGGACCAGAGCGCGCAGCUGAAGCCGUCGGCGGCGUUCGUCGAGCUCUACUCGCCGGGCGACUGGUGGGGCAAGUCGCUCGCCGGCCUCGGCCUCGACUUCUUCCAGCGGCUGCUCUCCGCCGUGAAGGCCAAGGGGCUCAAGCAGGAGACAGUGACCCGGAUCCUCAUCAACUACGCACAGAACUCGCUGCACGGGCUCAUGGCGAGGGACGUGAACGGCGCAGCCAAAUGUGGGGGCGCCGCCGCGGACGUCGAAGUCGUCAAGAAGCAGCGCGCCGUCGUGGAGACCAUCGUGGGCCUGCUCCCGGCGCAGUCCAAGAAGAGCCCAGUGCCGAUGGCCUUCCUCUCGGGGCUCCUCAAGACGGCGAUGGCGGUGUCCGCGUCGAGCAUCUGCAGGGCCGAUCUCGAGAAACGGAUCGGCAUGCAGCUGGACCAGGCCAUCCUGGAGGAUAUACUCAUCGCCGCCGGCGCCGGUGCAACCACGCCAACCGGGCAGCAGCACGGGCUGUACGACACGGACGUGGUGGCACGGAUUUUCUCGGUGUUCCUCAACCUGGACGACGACAGCGAGGAGGACGGCGGGUUCGACUACGACAGCCCGCGGUCCCCGAAGCAGAGCCUCCUGGUGAAGGCCGCCAAGCUGCUAGACAGCUACCUCGCCGAGGUGGCGCUCGACUCCAACCUCGUCCCGCACAAGUUCAUCUCCCUCGCCGAGCUGCUCCCCGACCACGCCCGCCUCGUCACCGACGGGGUCUACCGCGCCGUUGACAUCUUCCUCAAGGUACACCCGAACAUCAAGGAGGCGGAGAGGUACCGUCUGUGCAAGGCCAUCGACUGCCAGCGGCUGACGCCGGAUGCGUGCAGCCACGCGGCGCAGAACGAGCGGCUCCCAGUGCAGAUGGCGGUGCAGGUCCUCUACUUCGAGCAGCUCCGCUUGCGGAGCGCGAUCCAGGCCGGGGGCGGCGUUGGUGGGCACGACCCGGCGCUCUUCUUCGGGUGCGCAUCGGCGGCGGCCGCCGCGUCGGCGCAUGGCAGCGUGAACAUGCGUUCCGGGAGCGGGGUGGGCAGCGGCGCGAUGUCGCCACGGGACAACUACGCGUCAGUGCGGCGGGAGAACCGGGAGCUGAAGUUGGAGGUGGCGCGCAUGCGGAUGCGGCUGACGGACCUGGAGAAGGACCACGUGAGCAUGAAGCGGGAGCUGGUGCACGUCGGCCCCGCCAACCGCCUGCUCCGGGGGUUCACGCGCAGCCUCGGCAGGCUCAACGAGCUCUUCCGGAUGCGCCGCCCGGCCACCGAGCCAGGGUUACAGCAGCUCGGCGCCAAGGCCACCGCCAACGCCAAGGUGCUCUUCCAGCGCCGCCGCCGCCGCCACUCCAUCUCGUGAUCUCGAACAGGAGCCGACCGCUGCUGAUCGGAAAAAGUGUGCAUACAAGAAACAAGGUUGGAGUGCUGCUUUACUUCUUCCCGGCUUUUGUGGGGGAUUGCAUGGUCUUCUGUUGAUAAAAUUCAUGGCGUACGACAGCAUGCCAUGCAAUUCAUGUACUAUAUGGAUUAUGGAUGGUUUCGAGUGGUCCAUGAAUCAGUGUGCAAAGUACGGAUCAGUGUGGCUGUGGAGAGAAUUUGGAUGGGAUCCGGAUCAGGGAAACACGAUUUCGUUUCGCAAAAUAUUCUGUGGGCAUGGUGAAUUUUGUUCAAACGGUUUGAACGUGACUUUAAUUUGAUAUAUGGGUGAAAUUUUGAGGAAAUCACGGUGGAGCAGCUGCAACAACCACAAUGGAGUCAUGUAUGUGUACACUUGCCUCAGUAGUGUGGAGUAUUCAUGAACAGAAUCGCUAGAUGAAGGGCUUGAACCUUCGACCUUGUGGUUAACAGCCACAUGCU